AUGGGUUUCGAUCUACAACGGUUUCCAAAUGGUGUUGAUGAAGAAUUGACGUGUGCUAUCUGUGGUGGUGUUCUUCAAGAUCCUCUUCAUGCUCCGACAUGUGAACAUGCGUUCUGUCAAGUUUGUAUAAAUGAGUGGCUUUCACGUGUUCAAACGUGUCCCAUCGAUCGAACGCCGAUGGAAUCGGAUCAAUUGAAACCAGUUCCACGAAUAUUGAAAAAUUUACUUAGUCGUUUGAACAUCACGUGUGAAAACGAAGGCUGCACGGCAAUAGUCAAGUUAGACGCAUUAGCAAAUCAUUUAGCAGAAUGUGAUUUUAAUCCAAAGAAAUUAGUUGAAUGUGAAAAUGGGUGCGGAAUGAUGAUAUCAAAAGAUAAUGUUGCUAGCCACAAUUGUAUUCAAGCACUAAGGAACGAACUUGUUACUGUUAAAAGUGAAUUACAACGAUACCGAACUGAUAUGGAUUUGUACAAAGCAGAAGUGCGAACACUUCAAGAAUUUAUUCGUGUUCUUCGAAUGAACAAUCCGACAAUAUCGCGAGUGUAUGAACGAGUGGAAAAUGACGAGAUUCUAAGAUGGUCAGUAAGUUUGCAAUUAGCACGUGUGACACGUUGGGGUGGAAUGAUAUCCACUCCUGAUGCUGUUCUACAAGCAGUUAUCAAACGUGCUUUAUUAGAAAGCGGUUGUCCAAUCAAUAUCACUAACGAUCUUAUGGAAAACGCACAUGAACGACACUGGCCACAAGGUUUAUCGACACUAGAAACUCGACAAGUGAAUCGAAGACAUUAUGAAAGUUAUAUUUGUCGACGUAUUAUUGGUAAACAAGCAGUUGUAGUACUGGGAUGUGACAAUCGACAUAUGGAUCAACUGAUGAUUGCAGAACCAGGUAUUGUCAUGAUAUUUGCACAUGGUGUGGAAUAG